UAUGCAGUGUACACAUGUGUUUAGGAAAGUGCUGUGGUAGAUUUUGUUGCUAUUUAGUGUUUGGGAAGAAAAUAAAUUCAAAGACUUUUAUCCUGUGGAUCCUUUAGCCACACAGUACCCUAAAGAAUAACAUCAGAACCUUUCAAUAGAAUAGAAUAGAAUAGAAUAGAAUAGAAUAGAAUAGAAUAGUGUUGUCCCACUUCAUGGUACGUAUCGCGUUUGGAGGGGGGUACAUAUUCAAACACGUAUCAGGGCAUGUCUCGUGCAGACAGUGUGAACUUUUCCGGCGCUCUGACUGCAAUGAGGUCUGUCAUCACGCCACUGAUGCUGCAGCCGCCAUGCGCUUCACGGUCACACACACUGAUUUCAAGAUGAACACAUGCGUCCAUUACUGCAAUCACACUUCAACAUGACGCGCGCUCGACUGCUACAUCCGCUCCCUUCCCUCUGACAACACGACGUCACCUGACGACAUAUACCUGCCAUCAGUUUAAGAGGAUGAUGAUGAUGAUGGAGGAGGAUGAAGCGGAGGCUCAUCAGGUGGAUAUGGAGAGCAGACCUCGCUCGUGCAGCUGGCAUGACUCCUCGUGUGAGCUGAGUGCGGAUCUGUCGCUCGAUCUGAGCAUCUGUAAAGUGGAGUCGGAUCAUGUUUCUUCAUCAUCGUGCAUGAGGAGGAUGAUGAUGUUGGAUGCCGAAGGAUUUCAAGGCUUCACCGGAGCUGCGCUGCGUAAAACCAAGAGCUCGUCCCGGCGGAACGCGUGGGGAAACCAGUCUUACGCGGAGCUCAUCACCCGCGCCAUCGAGAGCACACCCGACAAAAGACUCACCCUGUCACAGAUCUACGACUGGAUGGUCCGACAUGUGCCCUAUUUCAAAGAUAAAGGAGACAGCAACAGCUCUGCCGGCUGGAAGAACUCCAUUCGCCACAAUCUGUCCCUGCACACAUGCUUCAUUCGUGUUCAGAACGAGGGAACAGGCAAGAGUUCCUGGUGGAUGCUGAAUCCUGAGGGAGGCAAGUUGGGAAAGGCCCAACGCCGCCGAACCGUCUCCAUGGACAACAGCACCAAGUACUUGAAAAACAAAAGGCGAGUGAGCCUUAAGAGGGAUGCUGGGAAAGUUGAGCAGGGUGCAGAGGCACCGGUGGGAUUCUGUAGCUCUCUAGAGCAUUGCAGUCCUACUAUAACAUCUGGUACAGGUGGGCCAGUGGUUAGGGAGGACUAUGACUCCUGGACGGAUCUCCAUUCACACGCCAGCUCUUCAGUUUCAACUCUUAGUGGUUGCCUGUCACUCAUCAUAGCGGAGGGGGAAAUAGGAGAGCCUGAGGAGGGAAGGUUAUCUUGCUCCACAUCUCCACACCUCUACCCCAGUCCCACCAGUGCCCACUCACCUGAAUCCCACUGCAAUGCAGAUCUCAGGACCAACAGCUACCAAUCGCACCAGCCACCAGAUGAUCAACACCUUUCCUACCACUACAACAGUGAUGUAAAAACACAGGGCUCCAACUGUGACUCAGCUUAUGGCCAAACAAGUGUGGGCAUGAUUCACCACCAUUCCUCCAUGCAGACCUUUGAAGAGAGCACCAGCUUUUAUAGUAGUAUGCAGGCCUACACAAGUACCAGCACCUUGCAGAGUCUGUUGACCAGAGGACCCCAAUUCAGUGUCAAGGACAUGAUGCUUGGGAAGGUGAAUUUGGUCCACACCAUGAUGGUUGCUCAAGGCAAUCUGGUAGGAUCCAGCAGUAGCCAGCAUGGUUACAAUAACACUCCUGCUCAUGACCCUUCCUCUAAAACAUCUCACAUCUACAACAUCAUUCAAAGCUUGAGCGAAGACCAUCACCAUGCAGUAGUACACUCUCAACCCAGUGAUGAACACAUGCAGUUAUACAUGCAUAAAGCUCCUUACCAAUACAGCCCCCAAGACCACGCACAUUUCCCAGCAUCGACCACACUCCACCCAAGCCCUGCAGGCAUGCAGGGAAUCCCACAGGACACCUGCCACCUUGAAACAGCCCCGUAUCCACACCCCCACCCUGAUAUUUACACCAAUCCACAUAAGCACAGUAUGCCUGAAAGACCAUACCACCAACCUCAGGAGGCAGAGGAAAGGUUCCACUACCACCACCCUCAUCAGAUCUACCCUCAAGAGUGGCUGCCAGCUGACCUGGACAUGUUCCACAGCAGCCUAGACUGUGACUUGGAGUCCAUCCUCCUCCAUGACAUUCUGGACUCAGGAGGGGAUAAUGACUGCAAUUUGGACUCCUCAUUGAUACAGGGAAUGGGCAUGGGCUUAAGAUUCAGAGUUACAGAGCAGAACCACAACAAACAGAGCUGGGUGCCCGGAUAAACACCACCUCCCUGGAAUAUUACUUAAAUAUUAGUAGAGGUAUAGUUCCUGCUGAAAAGACCAGUUUAGACCAGUAUGAAUUGUCGGCAGUUUCUAGCAGGUUUAUGCUGGUUUUAUUCUGGUCUAUCUGCUGGAUCAGCAAUGUUGUGUACCAACAAAAAAUGCUGAUCGACCAACAUUCUUUUGAAACUGGUUAACCAAGGCAGGCUUUCUGGUUAGGCCAGAUAAAAAGCUUGGUAGGGACACCAGCUUCUCAUGCUGGGAACCAGCACAGCUGUAAUUUUCAACAGAUGUGGGGUUUCGACACCCCACCCAUAUUCAAAAUGAAUGCACUGUGCUGACACUCAUCAAAUCAAGAUGAAAAUCUAGUUUGUAAAAAAAACUGCCUUUUGAGUUCUGUUUCUGCCUGCUUAUGUGUCUAUGUUGUGUGUCCAUGCAUUUAAACCUGAUCUGUCUUUUACAGUUUCUCUUUGUCCCAAUUUUCCCUGUGUCAACCCCAUUUAAUCUCACUGACUGAAUUGUGAUGACAAUCUAUGCUAUGUUGCUCAACAUUUAUUUUGUUCUUCAGUCAAAAUCUAACUCUGAACUUUGAGCACUUUAAAUGCAUUGAGAAAAUCCAUAUUUAUAAUCUUGCACAGCAGGGGGUGCUGGGAAAGAGGGCAGCAAAUAACACGUAGGGACACCCAAAUGAAAUUGUUAAUGCAUUAUAAAAAAGAUCACCUACAGCUGCCAGCUCAUCAGACAUCUGACCUUUUGAUAUUCCUAAUGAAGUUAUCAGGUUUUAAUUUUCUCAGUAACUGCGAGCCAUAAGAAAUGUAUAGUAUAUCCUUUGUUCUUAGUGGGACUCAGUAACUUGCUAAAUUCACCCUAAACUUACAACCCCUCCACCCCCAUGCUCUUCUCUUUUGCUCCUUGAGUAAAGCAUAUUGGAGUGUAAUGGGUCUGCCAUUAUGCCAACAGGUCAAGUGCAUCUCACUCCAUCAAACAUAUUCCCAUUUCUAGACACCAUUCUUCUGCUAAGGUGUUGUGGCAACAUUUUGUGUCAGUUAAUAUCUACUUCCACACACACAGACCAUCUCCUGUUGGUUUAUUCUUUGACUGUAUUUUUAACUUAAGUGUCACUCUAAAUAGCUCAUACUGAAUGCUGUAAAAGAAAGACUCAAGAUUGUUGGAAUAAAUGUGAACGAAAGGAUACUUAUAUAAUUUGGUGUAAGCUCCGUCUUCGGUUCAGCACUCCGAUGCUUGCUAGAACCGUCAGAUCCUUCCGGAGUGAUGACGGCAGGGGAGCAGAGCUUACCCCUGCCCAGGACAGGAUGUAAACUGGUGGAGAUGGUGUGGGAUAGGGGGUGUAAUCACAGAAGUAUGUGAACAAUGGGAGGCAGCUGGCAGGCUUAUAAAGCAGAGGCUACAUUGUGAUUGGAUGAGAUGCCUGAGAGAUAUUCCUGCUAGAACUACACUUAUGCUUACAUAUACAGAAAAAGUGAGAUUGCUCAGUUCUACUAUAAACUAUAAAAAUGAGAAAUUAAGACAGUCAAUGAAAGUCAUGUAUCAGAGAGACUCUUUUUGAGUCUUUGUGUCUGUCUUUCCAUUGAUUUCUGUGUUUGGAAUUAAAUCAUGUUUUCUUACUGUGCUCUGGCUCUUAUUUUGUACAAAUAAAAUCUAUAUAUUAAAAAUAUUGUAUGAUAGUUUUUAAGAAUUAAUGUGAAGUUGAGAAGUUUCUCGAUUUCAUUCCUUUUUAGUUAUUUUGUUUAGAGAAUGUUUCUCAUCAUUUG